AAUAAUGAUUUCUAAGUAAGCAAAGACACACUGACAUCACUAAGAUUAAAGACAUCAAGACAAUAAAGAUAUCAUACAAGGCUUUACCUGUGUUGAUGUAGCAGUGAUGAUCCCCUUUGGUGUUGAUUCUCAUUAUUAGUUUAUUACUCUGCAAAAUGCCACAAAAGGGAAGGAGAUCAAAGCCCCAUAAGAAGCCGAAAAAAGCCACAAUACCACACUUUGACAAACAGCAAGACGACAUGCAGGCAGCACUGAGUUCUAGACCUCAGACAGGUCUGUCUUUCUUGGUUCCUGAACCAGAAGAUCUUGAAGACCUGUACAGCAGAUACAAGAAGCUGCAACAGGAGCUUGAGUUUCUAGAGGUCCAGGAGGAGUAUAUUAAAGAUGAACAGAAGAACUUGAAGAAAGAGUUCCUUCAUGCCCAGGAGGAGGUGAAAAGGAUUCAAAGCAUCCCACUUGUUAUUGGCCAGUUCCUAGAAGCUGUCGACCAAAACACUGCUAUUGUUGGCUCCACUACAGGGUCAAACUACUAUGUGCGUAUCUUGAGUACCAUUGACAGAGAGCUGCUCAAGCCCAAUGCCUCUGUGGCCCUGCACAAACACAGCAAUGCUCUGGUAGAUGUUCUGCCUCCUGAAGCUGACAGCAGCAUCAUGAUGCUGACCUCAGACCAGAAACCAGAUGUGAUGUAUGCUGACAUCGGUGGAAUGGAUAUCCAGAAACAGGAAGUCAGAGAAGCGGUAGAGCUGCCACUUACUCAUUUUGAGCUCUACAAACAGAUUGGUAUUGACCCACCACGCGGGGUGCUCAUGUAUGGACCACCUGGUUGUGGUAAGACCAUGUUGGCUAAGGCUGUGGCACAUCACACAACAGCUGCGUUCAUCCGUGUGGUGGGCUCUGAAUUUGUGCAGAAGUAUUUGGGCGAAGGUCCUCGUAUGGUGCGGGAUGUUUUCAGACUUGCGAAAGAAAAUGCACCUGCCAUAAUUUUCAUCGACGAGAUUGAUGCCAUCGCCACCAAACGCUUUGAUGCACAGACUGGAGCUGACAGAGAGGUGCAAAGAAUUUUGCUUGAGCUACUUAAUCAAAUGGAUGGUUUUGACCAGAACGUCAACGUCAAGGUGAUAAUGGCUACCAACAGAGCUGACACGUUGGACCCAGCCCUGCUCCGCCCAGGUCGUUUAGACAGAAAAAUUGAGUUCCCCUUGCCCGACCGCAGACAGAAGCGCCUCAUUUUUUCUACCAUCACCAGCAAAAUGAACCUCUCUGAGGAGGUGGAUCUGGAAGACUAUGUGGCCCGUCCGGACAAGAUCUCGGGUGCUGACAUUAACUCAAUUUGCCAGGAAGCUGGUAUGUUGGCAGUGCGUGAGAACAGGUACAUUGUACUUGCCAAAGACUUUGAAAAGGCUUACAAGACUGUAAUCAAGAAGGACGAACAGGAACAUGAGUUCUAUAAAUGAAGAGAAAAAAAAAA